GUCCAGUUGUCAUUGAAGAACAGAGGGCACAGAUUAGUCUACGAGUUCCUCAACUGCCCCGCUGCUCUGCCGCUGAGACACUCCGCUGUGAGCUCGCCGUCCGUCCACCAGAGUCUCGGGAACCAGGGCGCCCACCAUGGAGAACGUGGCAGUAUUCGACUCACCUGGGAAGGGGAGGGGUCUGAAGGCCACAAAGGAGUUCUGGGCUGGAGAUGUCAUUUUUGCCGAGGCCAGCAUUUCAGCUGUUGUGUUUGACAGCCUCGCAGAACGCAUUUGCCACAGCUGUUUCCGCAGGCAAGACAAGCUCCAGAGGUGUGGCCAGUGCAAAUUUGCUCAUUAUUGUGACCGGACCUGCCAGCGCGCCGGCUGGGCCGAACACAAGCAAGAAUGCGGUGCCAUUAAAGCUUUUGGCAAGGCACCGAAUGAGAACAUCCGGCUGGUGGCCCGCAUCAUGUGGCGCCUGGACAAGGACGGCCCCGUGGUGUCCGACAUGCAGCUGGCCACGCUGGAGGAGCUGGAGGACCACAUCACCGACAUGCAGGAGGACGAGCUGAAGGAGUUCAAAGUGGACAUCCACAACUUCCUGGACUACUGGCCCCGGACCAGCAAGCAGCACACAAUCGACGUCAUCUCGCACGUAUUUGGAGUGAUCAACUGUAACGGCUUCACCGUGAGCGACCAGAGGGGCCUCCAGGCGGUGGGAGUUGGUCUUUUUCCAAAUCUGUGCCUCGUGAACCACGACUGCUGGCCCAACUGCACUGUCAUCCUCAACCACGGCAAUCAAUCGGCUGUGAAUACUUUGUUUCAUUCUCAACGGAGGAUUGAGCUGCGUUCUUUGGGUAAGAUCGCAGAAGGAGAGGAGCUGACGGUCGCCUAUGUGGACUACAUGAACCUGUCAGAGGAGCGACGGCGACUGCUGAAAACACAAUACUUCUUCGACUGCACGUGCGAGCACUGCAAGGACCGGAUCAAAGACGACAUAAAGCUGGGUGGAAGGGAGGUGGACGGAGUUAAGCCUUCAGAAGAACAGGUGAAAGAGGCAACAGAUUUCUGCUUUCAAAUGCUGGAGAAGAUGGACCAGGCUCGGUUAAAAGGCGACUACCACGAUGUGGUAAAAAUCUGCCGGGAGGCCAUCGAGAAGACGGAGCCGAUUUUGGCUGACAGUCACAUCUACCUGCUGAGGAUGUGGAGCACGAUGAGCGAGGUGCAGUCUUACCUGCAGUACUUCGACGAGGCUGCAGAUUUCGCUCGCAAAAUGGUGGAGGGAUACAUGAAGCUGUACCACUCCAACAACGCCGCUCUCGGUAUGGCCGCCAUGAGGGCAGGAGUGACCCACUGGCAGGCUGGGCAGAUAGAGGUCGGACACGGCAUGGUCUGCAAGGCCUACGCCAUCCUCAUGAUCACCCACGGGCCGACGCACCCCAUCACCAAGGACCUGGAGGCGAUGCGCAUGCAGACGGAGAUGGAGCUGAGGAUGUUCAAACAGAACGAGUACGUCUACCACAGUAUGAGAGAGGCGGCGCUGAAGAACAAACCGAUGGCCAUGAUGCACGAACCAAAGUCUGUGGAGGAGGGCAUCAAAAAUCUCUUCCACCGGAAGAAGUAACCAGUCGGGAGAGCCUUCCUAUUGUUUACUGCCAACAGCUUUCCGAGUGUUUGUGCGAGAGUCGACACAUUUAGUCUCACGUUUUCCGUCUCGCUCGCAUUUUGUAGUUACACUUUUCAUUAAAAUAUUGUCCUGCGAAA